AUGAAGCACCCAAAUCUUGUAUGUCUGGAAGGUUAUUGUUGGACAAAAUCACUGCAACUCCUCAUCUAUGAAUUUGUUUCUGGUGGGAGCUUAUUCAAAAACCUGCACGAGAGCCCAGAAUUGAACUGCCUUUCUUGGCAAGAAAGGUUUGAUAUAAUUCUUGGCGUGGCAAGGAGCUUGGCUCAUCUUCAUCGGCAUGGCAUCAUCCAUUACAAUCUGAAAUCCAACAAUGUCCUCAUCGAUGGCUCCGGCAAGCCCAAACUUGCCGAUUAUGGCAUGGCAAAGUUACUUCCAAUGCUGGACCGUUACAUUCUGAGCAGUAAGAUUCAGAGUGCCUGCCAGGCCGUGAAGAUCACCGAGAAAUGUGAUUUGUAUGGGUUUGGUGUGCUGGCAAUUAUAAAAAUCUUAAGAAAGCAUAUGCAGAAUAUGUAUAACAGGCUACCGAGUACAAUUUAA